CCGGAGGAAAGACUUUCGUGGAAUACCCCAUCGAGAUCCAGACUAAAAAAACGAAAGAGAUCCGAUGAUGAGAUAGCGAGAAAGGGAUACAACUCAAACAAUACUGCCGAGGUAAAGUAAUUAUUACUUAUUAACGCUUUUUGCAUAGCCAUAGGGUGAGUUCGAAUCAUGCAUUUAAUGAUGUUUGCACAUAAAAUCCUUCCUUGUGAAAUCUGUAUAGUUUGUUUUUACUAUUCCCUAUUACUUGAACCCUAUAAUAUGGUCAGUAGACCUACAAUCAUAGAAUAAUUAAUCGGGACAAUCACUAUUAAAGUGUCACUCAAACAGCAUUGUAAUAUCUGUAGAAAGAAAACUUUUACACGCAGCUUUUAAACUAUAUUGUUGCAGAUCGUACAUUCAUACAUUAACGUUACCCUGCCCUCCCCUCAUCCCCCCAUCUUACAUUGUUGGUUCCCCGGCUAUUUGCCCAAAACGUUGCGCAAUACUCGUGAAUAUCAUAUGGUCGUGAACACAACAUUGAAUGGGGGAGGGAGGGGAGGGAGGGGGGACGCACAAUGUAAGCCCGAAAUAUUCUACUUUCUUUUCAAGUAAUAAACGUUUAAUAUGUCCCAAAGUGAUUGUUCCAUGAUUGUAGAAAAUUCGGUUUUAGUAUUAUUCCAUCUGAGUUGUAAUCAAUAAAUCCAUUUUCAGGACAAGGAACGUAUUCACUUGGAAUCAGAGCCAGAGGUAAAUAAAAGUCUCUAAAAUGUUUAGAUUGAAUGAGCGAUUGAUAAUCAUUAACUUGAUGAUAAAGGUUAUUGGAUAAAGCCUUAGGAAGUUAUUGUCGUUGUUGUUGUUGUUGUUGUUGUUGUUGUUGUUGUUGUUGUUGUUGUUGUUGCUGUUGUUGUUGUUGUUGUUGUUGUUGUUGUUGUUGUUGUUGUUGUUGUUGUUGUUGUUGUUGUUGUUGUUGUUGUUGUUGCUUUUAUUAAAAUAAAAAUGUGCUCUUGGAGUCGUGGUGCAAUAUUUUUUAAUCAUAAAGUAUUUUCUGUUUUAUUUAGACCCAAUUCCGACCCACAAUUUCUUGUUGAUUUUGUGAAAAUAUCACAAAAUCCCCCAUGAAACACCUUGUGUCUUUGUUCCUGAAUUGCGUGUGAUUACAUCUGAUUCCGCAUUUGUCACUACAUGAGCUUCAUAUGUGACUACAUGGAAUCACAUGGGAUUUCAUGGGCCAUCCUCGUCCCGUAGGUCUUCUGGUGCAGGCACGCUUCGGGAAAAAGGAGCUAUAGAGACUAGUCUCCCUUUCCCCCAUCUCGCGCCCACCAGAAAGCCCUAUAAGGACGAGGUGGUACAUGCUGUUCACAUGUGACUACACGUUAUUUACAUAUGACUCCAUGAAAUAACAAAAACGGAAUUAACAUGUUACCACAUGUGAUCUUAAAACAGGGAUGCCGGAAGAUCGAUAAUAGCGGGUGCAGAUAUUCAUAUAUUCGUGUUCACAGACUGUAAAAACAAUCGAUUUCAAAAGAAAUUAAUUGGGCAGAACACGAAUAUAUGAAUAUCUGCACCCGCUAUUAUCGAUCUUCCGGCAUCCCUGUCUUAAAACAUUGACACGUGGAAUUUUCACAACGGUUAUAACAAGCAAAUGUUGUUGAAGUUGACCGCAAGAAUAGAUCUACACAGAAUGAUGUUCGAAUCUCGUUGGAUAUCCCAACUGGGAAUCGAUCCCAAUGUUUCUAUUUUAACAUACAUAAUGCUCGGACCACCGAGCUAUUGUUGAGACUUGAGAGCGUGACAUCGCAGCAGCUCAGUAGUCCGAGCACUGCCAUGGCCAGAGAUCACGGACAUAAUUUAUUCUACUACUUUACUAAUUUGCAUAUCACUUUGAAUUAUGGCUCCAAGGGUAUAUAGUAGAUUGUACAACGCGAUGUUGUAAACGCAAAAUUGGAGAAUAUGGUAGAUCCUUUGCAAUUUGUCGCAAUCGCUGGUUGCAAAACAAAGGGUGUCGAAGAAUUUAGUGUAAUAUUAGCCUGAGUCAAGUUACUACCAUUCCUGCUUUUUCUACAUUUGUACAGAGGUUAGCUUUUAACUACAUUCGUCUAUUUAACUCCAUAUAAAAAUACCGCACUUGGAAUAAACAAAAAGCAGGGAAAACAGCAACUUAAACUAGGCCAAAAUUACACUAGAUACAUCGACAAACUUUGAUUUAGCACCAGCGAUUUCGGCAAGUUGCAAACGACCUACCAUAUUCUUAGAUUUUGCGAUUUACCUCAUCGCGUUGCACAAUCUACUGUUUACAGUUAAAGCCAUAUUUCAAACUGAUAUAUAAAUUUUUAUGGAAUUAGAAUAAAUUAUGUCCGGCAUUUCUGGCCAUGUACGUUAAACCAAAAACCUUGACUUCGAUUCUCGGUAUAUAUGCGGUGAGAUUGGAAAUUGAAACAUGUCAGUUGAAGCCGAUUGCCAUUGGUAUUCCCAAAAGUUAACAAUAUUGCGAAAUAGGCUUACUCGAAGACCUCAAUCAACAAAAAAUUGUCUGUUGUCCUCUGUCGGGCUCUGAAACUUACGUUUUUUCAUGGGCUUUUCAAUUUAGGGGUCAAGUCACGACCGAAAAAAUAUGGAAAAUAAAAUAUUUUAUACCUUUAGAGAGAGCUUGUUAAACCUGUUAAACCUGUUAAACACUAACGGGAGCGUUAAAGUUCAUUUUCGUGCUAAACUUAAAUAAUUUUCAUAAGUGCAUGCUCCAGAUAUUUAUUGUAUAAUUAUCUGACGUCGCGCUAUACUCCAAAUAUAUGGGGGCAAGAAUUGGCACAUGAGAUGAAUUGGUACGAAUCCGUAUACAUGACCAUGUAUUUUGAGCUUACGUUAUGUUUUGUACAUUGAAUAUUAUACAGGCAGAAAGCGUUUACCAUGGCUACGACACCGAAAAGAACGACUACACUUUGGUGCAACUGAGCAAAGACAUAACAAAAACAGAAGAAUCAAACGAAUUUCUUGACUUACUGAGUAGACUUGAGGAAAAAAUGAAGAAACAAUACCCUGAAAGACUAAAGAAAUCAUAG